CCCCGGGACACCUGUCCCGCGCCGCGGGCUGUCGCCGCUCCCGGGCCGGGGCGCGGCCAGGGCGCCCCCCGGGACCGCACCGCGGCGCUGCGCUCCCGGGCGGCUGCGGGCAGGCGCGCCGAGGGGGCGCUGCUGAGGGCGCGGCGCGGGACGCCCCGAAGGGCACGGCCGAGGGGCGCGGGCGCUGCCGGAAGCUGGGGCGGGGCGCCGCGCGGGAUGCGCUGAAGGGCGAGCGGCGCGGCGGCGGCGAUGAGUGCCUCUGCGGCCACCGGGGUCUUCGUGCUGUCCCUCUCGGCCAUCCCGGUCACCUAUGUCUUCAACCACCUGGCGGCCCAGCACGAUUCCUGGACAACCGUGGGGGUUGCUGCCCUCAUCUUGCUCCUGGUGGCCCUGCUGGCACGUGUCCUGGUCAAAAGAAAACCACCCCGGGACCCACUGUUCUAUGUGUAUGCGGUGUUUGGAUUCACCAGCGUGGUGAGCCUCAUCAUAGGCCUGGAACAGGACGGAGUCAUUGAUGGGUUCAUGACGCACUACUUGAGAGAGGGUGAGCCGUAUCUGAACACGGCGUACGGGCACAUGAUCUGCUACUGGGACGGCUCCGCUCAUUAUCUGAUGUAUCUGGUGAUGGUGGCGGCCAUCGCAUGGGAGGAAAGUUAUAGAACCAUUGGCCUCUAUUGGGUUGGAUCUAUUAUCAUGAGCAUUGUCGUUUUUGUGCCGGGAAACAUUGUGGGGAAGUAUGGAACCCGCAUUUGUCCUGCUUUUAUCUUAAGCAUACCGUAUACUUGUCUUCCUGUCUGGGCUGGUUUCAGAAUCUAUAAUCAGCCAUCAGAAAGUUAUAAUUAUCCCUCAAAGGUCAUUCACGAAGCCCAAGCAAAGGACCUGAUGAGAAGACCAUUGGAUUUAAUGCUGGUCGUGUGUCUCCUCCUCGCAACUGGAUUUUGUCUGUUUAGAGGACUGAUUGCUUUGGAUUGCCCGGCUGAGCUCUGCCGAUUUUACACGCAAUUUCAAGAGCCCUACCUAAAGGAUCCCACUGCUUAUCCUAAAGUCCAGAUGCUGGCGUAUCUGUUCUACUCUGUCCCUUACUUCGUGAUUGCGCUCUAUGGCUUGGUGGUUCCUGGAUGCUCCUGGAUGCCCGACGUCACGCUGAUGCACGCCGGAGGUCUAGCUCAGGCUCAGUUUUCUCACAUCGGUGCUUCUCUUCAUGCUAGAACUGCUUAUGUCUACAGAGUCCCCGAAGAAGCGAAAACCCUUUUUCUAGCAUUAAACAUAGCAUAUGGAGUUCUUCCUCAGCUCUUGGCCUAUCGUUGUAUCUACAAACCAGAGUUCUUUAUAAAAACAAAGGCAGAUGAAAAAGUUGAAUAAAAAUAUUAUUUCAUGUUCUUCCUCUCUAGAUUACUGACUUUUGUUAUCCUGAUACUGUUAUAUUGUCCCAUUUCACUCCCUUCUCAUACAGGAAUACUUAAGAAUACAUAAAUUCUUGUUCGGCACUGUAUAUGAGCUCUCAUAUGGUUUUGUGUGGGUAAAAUUUUCUUUCUUUGAAGGAAAAGUGAAGUUGAGAAACGGUUUGCUUAAAGAAAUAUAUUCAAAAUUAUCUGUGAAUAAACUUGACCAUCUAUUUCCAUAUUGUUUGCACAUAUUAAAUAUAACUGUAAACAAUUACAAUUAAGUUCCUACAAUAGUGAGAAUGAAAAUGAAACUAUUCAAAAGUGAAUAUGGCCUACGCAUAUUAAAAAAUUCAAAACAACAAAUACAUACUGGAGAGAUACUUUUUGCAUAUAAGACAUAUAUGCAUCAUUAUUAACCUCAAUAUAACAAGCAAAUCAAUCACAGUAUUUCAAAAUGUUAUUUGAAAAUGUUUUCUCAAGGAAAGUCUAUUAUAUUCACUGCUGUUUUAAAAAUUGCUUUUAGUAAAAUUUUUUUGUGAGCCUAAAUAGCUAAGGAGAGAUCGAUAACUUUAUCAUUACUCUUAAUGAAUACUGGUUUUAUCGGUGACUGGAAAUAUUUCUAUUGUAUUUCUGUGUAUAUUUUUAAUAAAUUUUUUUGGCCUUUUAUGAAAACAAAUCUUAUUAAACUGGAAA